GCGGCCUAUGACGCUCGCGCAGUCAGGGUAUAGGUCACCGAGCGUGGUUGACGGCGAGGGAAGCCAUGGAUCAGGGUUAUGGUUAUGGUUCCUGGGGUACUGAGGCCACCAAUACUCAAGGUGCUUAUGCCACAAACCCAGCAAGUUGGCAAGGCUAUGAAGGCUAUGAUUAUUACAGUGCCCAAACUGGCAACUCUGCUACAGCUCCUACAUACAACUACGAUGCUGCCGCUGUUGCCACAACUACCUGGGACACUUCAAAAACUACUGACAUGACAAUGAGUGCUGAUAUGGGCAGUAAUAUGCCAGUUAAUUACAGUACUGGAGCAGUGGGCACAGAAAACUCUGAUUCAAUUAUAGCAAAAAUAAACCAGCGCCUGGAUAUGCUGUCAAAGGAAAGCAGUGGUGGUGCUGGAGAAGGCAUGGAAGAUCAGGGAAGCUCUUUCAGAUUUGAGUCUUUUGAAUCCUAUGACUCGAGAGCCUCAGUGCCUGACCGUGACCUGUACAGAGCCAGCUAUGACUAUAAUGAAGUUGGAUCAGAUCGGAAUGAUUCUUUUGGAAGUCACUAUGAUGAUGCUGGAAACCGCAGAGAUCAGCCCCGCAGCCGAGGAAACAACUAUGGCUUUGUUAGAGGGAGGGCCCAGAAUCGAGGGCGCCCUAACACUUUCAAUCGAGAUCGCUUCAUGCCAUCAAGUACAGAACGGCUGUCUACGCGAUGGAAUGAGAUGAAUUACAUGGGCGGGAGGAAUAUGGGAGGGCCUGGACCUAACAGGCUUCCAUCACUCUUUUCCCAAGCACUCAUCCCUGAAUAUAGAGACUAUGGCGACUACGGAGACUAUGGCGACUACGGAGACUAUGGCGACUACGGCAACUAUGGGGAUUAUGAUUACGGCAUGAUGGGAAUGCAGGGAAUGGGAAGGUUUCCUGGGAACAUGCCCUAUGGCUUUGGCAGAUCGCGUGGCAGACCCAAGAGAAGAGCUUUUCGCGGUCGUCUGGGUGGGCGUUCAGAUAAUGAAGGUGGAUUGCGCAAGCGGAAACAGUCCCAAAGCGGAGAAGAACCUGACAGCAAGCAAGUCAAGACAGAAAGUGAAAGAGAUGACUCUGAUAAUGAUGAUGGCGAAGGAGAAGACAAAUCAGGAGAUGAUGGAGAUAAAGGUGAGCAUGAGGGAGUUCGCAGGGGGAAAGCAACUGGUGACGGCUGUGAUGAUGAUGAUGAAGAGACAAAACAAAGAAAAGAGAAACAGAGACAAAGGGAUCGGAUGCGUGACCGUGCUAUGGACAGGAUCCAGUUUGCUUGCUCCGUAUGUAAAUUUCGAAGCUUUGAUGAUGAAGAAAUGGAGAAGCAUCUAGAGAGCAAAUUUCACAAAGAGGUCUUGCGCUACAUUGGGACCAAACUGCCUGACAAGACUGUAGAAUUCCUGCAGAAAUAUAUUGUGAACAGAAAUAAGAAAAUUGGGAAGCGUCGACAAGAGCUGACUGAGAAAGAGGGCACAAAACCAAAGCCAGAUCCUUUCAAGGGAAUUGGUCAGGAGCACUUUUUUAAGAAGAUAGAAGCAGCUCACUGCAUCGCUUGUGAUAUGCUAAUUCCUGCCCAGCAACAUCUUCUUCAGAGACAUCUGAGGUCUGUCGAUCAUAAUAGGAAUCGCAGGAUGGCAGCUGAGCAUUUCAAGAAGGCUAGUUUCCAUGUAGCUAAGAGUGUCCUAAAUAGCAAGCACAUAGUGAAAAUGCUAGAAAAGUACCUCAAGGGUGAUGACCCAUUUACAGAUGAAAACAUUGACCAAGAUGUUGAUGAAUCUGAAGCCUUAGAGGGGGCAGAUGGUGAAAGGGCUACAGAAAGUGCUACUGUAGAGAAAAAAGAGAAUACUGGGGAUGAAAUCGAAACCACUGAGGCCAGUGAAACUUCUAAACCAGAAGGGGAUGAGAAAGCCUCCUCUACUGCAGGUUUUUCUAAAGAUGAACCACUAGAGGAGGAGCAGCAGCAGCAGCAGCAGGCAGAAGAGAAAACAGAGGCAGUAGAAACAACAGAAGAAUGUUCUGACCCUUCCCAAGGAAAUCUUGAAGAGAGAGCAUCAGAAGACCAGGUGAAGGAGCAACAACAUGUGGAUGCUGGAGAGGAGAAUUGCUCUGAAAUGGCAACAGCUGAAAGCAAUGACACCAAGGAGGAACCAGUUGUGGUAGCAAGUUCCGAGGUGCCGUAGGAGUUACCAUAUGAAUGAUUGUCGUAUGAAGGUGAUUUGUCCUGCUUACCUGUAUAAUCUUGCCACCUCCCACCCCAAUCUUACAGUACAUGUCUGUGCAUUGCUGGAGUGCUGCCAGUUUUGUUCUUAUCUGAAAGGAAGAGAUUUGAUUAUUCUGUUAUGGAAGCAGUCUCGUGCUUUAUUGUUGUAGAAAAUGGAAAUCAGCAAGUCUAUUAAACUUUUAGGUUAGAGAGCUCAGAAAGCUCUAAACUGAUAUUUCCUUGUAUUUUAGAAUGAAUAGAACUAUUUGAAAAACAAAGUUGUUGAUCAUUCAGCUCCUAUCUGCUUUUCAAUUUUCAAUAGUGAGGAAAUAUGACUUCAUUUGGAAAUUAAAUUGACCCUCUUGUUAAUGAGGGAGUAGAUAAAUGUUGAUUUUUUUUUCUUUCCUGUGAAAAUGUUUGCUUGUUUUAAGUUCCUAGAGAAAGGACUUGCCAUGAUGCCUGUUAUCUUCAUUUAUCCAGUUUGCAGGAUUGCAUGAAAAAAAAAGAUCUGUAACUAUAUAAUUUUUAAGCACCAUGUUGAUUGUGUCACACUGGGGUCAUCAUUUCUACUGUGCACUGUUUCAUAUUUUCUGGAUGGCAAACUGCAGCUUGUAUAUUAUGCUGGAAGAGAGACAUAACUUGAAGGAGAAAAGUUAUGGCACCACCAAAACCUCACUGCUCAUCAAAGUCACAGGAGUAUCAUUCACAGAGGAGAUUGCCAAAGGAGAAGCACCAAGGCCAGGAAAAUAAGGGUGGGUUUGUUAGUGUUAUGAUUGAUGCUUAUAGCAUAAUGAUUUAAAGUGGAAUGAAUUUUGAAUAGCUACAAAGUCAUUUGUCUUAGCAUUUAAAUAAAAUUCUGGAAAUGGUUA